AUGAGAAGUUCAUUCCAACACAUUGAAUUUGUUAUCUUUAAAAAUAAAAUAAAAAACGAAGCUCUCAGAUCAAGAAAUCAACACACAACGACACUCUUUCAGGGUGGAAAAGGAAAAAAGACGACAUCGAAUCAAGCCACCUUCUUCCGUUUGCGCACCAGAUCCUUCCUCUCGCUCGAUUUAGAUUUCACUUUCACUUGUUGGCUCGCUUCGAUUCCGAUUCGAACUCAUUUCGCUGCAGGUCGCAGCGUUUAUGGAUCAAGAUAG